UCUUUUCCUCUGCCUCUGCUGCAGUUUCUGUCCAUGGUCGAUCGAUGAUGCCACUGCCAGAAGGUCAUGCCAUCUUUUCGACCGAUCCACACCUACUUGAGGCCAGCUCUUGGCUCGUCCGUAGCAGAGCUCACAGCGUCAAUACUCCGAUUUAGAAGAUCAAGGACAGCAGCUACAAGUUGUUGCAGGUGUGAGCUCGAGUCAAUCUCUGUGUCUGCUCUUCUAUCAACUCUCCAGUAAGAAGCUCAGUGACAGAAGCUGGAACCACCAGGAAAAGAAAUCCUGCAGGUGCAGAGCAGAAGUCAUGGAGAGCCAACUAAAUGAAAUCAGGGCAACACCCCAAGGGUUGGAUAAGGAAGAUUCGUCUGCAACACCCCAUGGUGGAAUCAAAGAUCGGUAUGGCGAGGAUACUGCUUCGGAGAAUCAGAUGGUCACCCCGUGGGUUCGCAUGGUCGCCAGUGGAGUUGAGCUACUGAGAGACCCAAGGUUUAAUAAGGGUCUAGCUUUCACUGAAGACGAAAGGGAUCAUCAUUAUUUAAGAGGGCUUCUGCCCCCUGUUCACAUGUCUCAGGAGCUUCAGGUUCAAAGAAUCAUGCACAACAUACGACAAUGUGAGGAUCCUCUAGACAAAUAUGUGGCUUUGAUGGAACUUCAGGAGAGAAACGAACGUUUGUUCUACAAAGUCCUGGUUGAUCAUGUGACUGAGCUUCUACCCGUUGUCUACACUCCAACUGUCGGCGAGGCCUGCCAAAAAUAUGGGAUCAUUUUCAGACGCCCACAUGGACUCUACAUAAGCCUUAAGGACAGGGGCAGAGUCCUAGAUGUCUUGAAAAACUGGCCAGAAACGAGUGUUCAAGUUAUUGUUGUCACUGACGGAGAGCGAAUUCUUGGUCUAGGAGACCUUGGACUUCAGGGUAUGGGGAUCCCAGUUGGAAAACUUGCAUUGUACACAGCUCUGGGAGGAAUCCGACCUUCUGCGUGUCUGCCAAUCACUAUAGAUGUUGGCACAAACAAUGAGGAAUUAAUGAAUGAUCCUAUGUACCUCGGCUUACGACAGAAGCGUGUCACUGGCCAGGCUUACGAUGAUCUCAUCGAGGAGUUUAUGACAUCAGUGAAGCAAGCAUACGGCGAGAAAGUCCUUGUUCAGUUUGAAGACUUCGCCAAUCACAACGCAUUCCGCUUGCUAGCGAAAUACGCAUCGACUCAUCUCACAUUCAAUGAUGAUAUACAGGGGACGGCAGCCGUAGCUCUGGCAGGAGUCGUUGCAGCUUUGCCCUUGACUGGAGGAACUCUUGCGGAUCAUAAAUUCCUCUUCAAUGGUGCAGGGGAGGCAGGAACCGGUAUUGCUGAAAUCAUUGCUCUGGAAGUGUCAAAGCAGGGGAAGAUAACCUUGGACGAAGCUCGGAAGAAGAUAUGGAUGGUUGACUCGAAGGGCCUGAUAGUGAAAUCCAGAUUUGAAAGUUUAGCUCAGUUCAAGAAGGACUACGCUCACGAGCACAAAGAAUGUAAAGACCUCCUGGAAGCUACGAAGGCUUUGAAACCUUCUGUGCUCAUAGGGACAUCGGGACAGAGAGGAACUUUCACGAAGGAAGUUUUGGAGGCUGUUGCCUCCUUCAACAAGAGACCCAUCAUCUUGGCCUUGUCAAAUCCGACUUCCAAGUCAGAGUGUACAGCUCAGGAGGCUUAUACGCAUACCGAAGGACGUGGAAUUUUUGCAAGUGGAAGUCCGUUUGACCCUGUAGAAUACAAGGGGAAGACUUUCACUCCUGGUCAGUCCAACAACGCCUACAUUUUUCCUGGCGUCGGGCUCGGCUGCAUAAUCUCGGGAGCUAUUCGAGUACAUGACGACAUGUUCUUGGCAGCUUCCGUGGCGUUGGGAAAGAUCCUCACCAAGGAGCAACUGGAUCAGGGAAUGUUGUACCCUCCACUGGAAAAUAUUCGAGAUAUAUCAGCACACAUAGCUGCCUCUGUGGCCGAGAAAGCAUACACAUUAGGUUUGGCCACACGGCUUCCCCAACCAGCAGAUCUGCUGGAAUACGCUUACAGCUGCAUGUACAGUCCUGCAUACCGCAGCUACCGAUAAGUCUGGCACGUCGAGACAGCUAGACAAUGUAAAAACUGGACCGGAUGAAACACUGGGAUUGUAACCAUAGAUCAGGAGGUCGUGUCCUCCUUCAUAUAUAUCUGUCAGAUUUCAAUAAGUAAAUGCAUUGUUGUAUAUCUUGGUCUUUCGAAUGUCCUUAGCAACGUGGGUAUUAAAACGCCUCAUCUAAUGCAAUAUACGGUGUAUCGCACAUGUACCGAAUAUUGUGCCGAAUUGCAG